UACUCAGUCCCUCUGGUUGCUUACAUGAGAUAACUGAGAAGCUACAGUACAGUAUUAAACCAUAAAGAUACUGUUUAUACUUUUUAUUAUGUUUUUAUCAGUUGUCUCUGAUUUAACUAAGAGCUACAUUAUUUUACAAUAGGAAUUUAUGGGAAUCCAGUUUUAUAUUUUCAUUUCUGGAAAUCCCACGAUUUUUCCAGUGUCUUGAAGUUUCUCAGGUUGGUACACAACCCUUUCAUUCGAAUGACGACAAUGUUCCAGCUUUCCCGGCCACUCUACACUAUCACCUGUUCUAUGCUGGAACCCGCAUCGUUUCCCGAACCCGAACGUUGCCGAAGUUUACCGAAGUUGCCCGAAGGUGUUUGGCUCGUACCCCGCCCGCUCCACCGAGUCCCAAUCCAUUCACCCUAGUGAGACUUGCUUCAAACAUGCAGCGUUCCCCGUGAAGAGGGUGAGAGUUCAGUCAUGUAAACAGUAAUGACAGAAUGUGGUGAGUUGUGCUUCGCUGCCAGCGAUCAAUAGCAGCAGUCGUGACGUCAGACUGAUACUCGACGCUGAUUGGUUACCGCCCUCAAACGCAUAAUAUAUUUAGUACACUCUGCAUGAAUGAGAGGGAAGCUUUUCGUAUCGACAACUCCAAACUGGAAACACCGUUCCGUACGCGAGAAACCAGCAAAAGGGCGUAAAUUGUGAACAUUUUCGGGCCAAAAAUGUUUCCCCGGGUAACAUCGUAGUUGAAAUCGGGACGUGUUCGGUGUGGUGAGCGAAAUUCGUGCGGGAUUACGCGGCUCGGAGUGACGUCUGUGACCGUAGUGACGUGUGGUGAACAGUGAUCAUGUAUCUACCCACCAAUUUCAUCUCUCACAAUGGAUUACCUGUCGAAAGCUUCCCCGAAAUCAACAAUAUCUCAUCUACAUACAUCAUCACUUUCAUCAGUAACCUCAACAGUGCUCCACAAAGUCUCAACACCACCGUUUCAAGCUACCCUCUGUUACGGGAUGAAGGGUGCUACAUUUACAGGUCUGGAGAAAAAUGUUGAGUAGUCAGUUUUCCGGGAACGGUUUCCACAAAGUGCAACAAAAUGUAGCAGAGGUACCAAGUUCACACAAGCUGUACGGCUGGUAGUAGUGGAAAACUCAACUUAAACAAACCCAUCACUAACAAAUAUAUACGUAAAUUUUUGGAACAUAAUUUUUAAAUAUUUAUAGCUUCUAAUAUAAAAAGAUCUCUACUUGUGAGAGUAAAAGUCUAUGCAUAUACACACACUCAGUGAGUAUUAUUUAUUGUGUAAAAGGAUUCACACAUUUUUACCACAUAUAGAUUUCUUAGUGUAUGAGAGACUACACUAUCAAUAGGUGGACAAUUUUUCAAAUUCUUAGUGAAGACUUGUGAUUGGAAAGGACAUUUAUCGAAUUUUAGUGGAGAACUGAUGAGCUAGGUACCGGUAGACGGUUCUCAAAUUCUAGUGAAACUGGAGGACAAUGUUUCAUAUUUGUUGAGUUUGUAGUGUGCAAAUGACGAUUUAGGUGGAGGAUUUUCCAGUUUUAGUGAGAGAAAAUCAUGGAUAACCGAGUGAUGUUGAUUUUGUGAGUUAAGAAACAUUCUUGAACAUCAUAUCCUGGGGUUGUAGUUGAUGUAGGGGGAGAUUAUAGUGCAUUAACUACCACACACACAAACACAAACACUAUAUUUUGGUUGGAGACAAUAUUUCAACUAUGUUCUAGGAAAAUUAGUUACAAAUCUAGGUUAUUUCAACUCAUCAAACCAAUCUAGGCCACCCUACACUAGUUGAUAACAACACCAGGUGAGACUAUCUGCGUCAUGAACAAGAGUGUAAACUAUCCUCAAAAUCUACUAGAGCAAAUUGUCGAUUCGUGUUUGAAAACAUGGGGCCUCGGAUACGUUGUACUGCUGCUCUAUCGAUUGUUAUUUGAGUCAGGUGUUGCGUUGUUUAUUGUAACUGGUGACAGCUGCUGUUAUCGUGGAAUUCGCCGCGUCAAGAGUGAGAGAGUUCUGUGUGGUUGGGGUACGAGAGAGAAUAAGGUGAACGAAAAAUCAUUACAGUCUUCUAAUUAUUGUAAGAGAGAGGGAAAUAUUUGUAAUCAUAACUAUUUAAACGCUAAUAACCCUUCUGCUUCUACAUUGUCAUCAUCGACUUCUUCUAUUUCUACUACGAAACUAAACUAUUAUUAUCAUUGUAACACACAUUUCGAGAGAUUUUGGCAGCAACAAGUUGGUAGAACUGUUGAGGGAAAAUUGUGUGACGCAAUCGAGCACAGGAACAAACGAGAGUAUUUGUUUAUCUUGUCAUUAUUACAAAAGAAAUGCACAUCUGUGUCAUCCACGUACUUCUGCUAUGUAUAAUACGCAAAAAGUUGACAGGAGGCAGAACUUGUGUCAGCUGUUAGCAAACUUGAAGGCUGCAUUCAGCUGGAUCUUUCUGUGGCGUCUGAUUUUGGACAGAUUGAUACAGUUGUGGGACACUAUAUCGCCUCUGCUCAGUUUGUUUCGGGUCGUCAAGUUGAAACGCAGUCGUAUACGGUUCAAGGAUAAGGUGGAAAAGUCGGAAGUGUGCGAUUCGGGUCGUGUUUUCAGUUUGAAUCAAAAUGGCGGAGGACUUUCUGAUAGUUUUCAGGUUGGUAUUGAGUGCUGCGACGUUGCCAGUUGGUGCACAGGUGUGUGGAUAGCGUUUUUGAACACAAAUUCAACCUUUACAAACACUUAUUCAACAUCAAAAAACCACCACACUAACCUAACAUCAGAUAACAGGUGUGACGUCACUCUAACCUCAAAGUGUUUAGAAACUAACCUAACAUCAUCAGAAGAUAACAGGUGGGAGAAUCUAACCUCUGACAGAGAUUGUGAGAGUCUAACCUCAAACUUUGUGAAAACUAAACCAAGUUUAGGUGACAACAUUCUAACAAAACCUGACAGGUGCAAGAAUCUAACCACAAACUGUACAAACCUAUCAGAUAACAUUUCAAACUCUGUGAAAACUUUUGAAACAACAUCAAGUUGGUGUGACAACGAUAUUCUAAACAGUGUGCAAACUAAACUAGGAUCAGUGAACAGUGGUUUAAGGCGGGUUUACAGGAUUAAGGCCGGUUUUAGGACCGUAGAAUGGCCUCUGACAUGCCGGACCUGUCACACCUCACCAGCGAGGAACGUCAGAUCAUCGAAAAUGUUAUGAUGAGACAGAAGCAGGAGGAGGAACGCGAACAGGAGAUCAUGAGACGCAAACAAGACGAAGUGGAGAUCCUGGAGGAGACAAUUCGCCAGCGAUCGGAACAGCAGAAGAAGGCGGGCGUCGAAUUGGACGCCACCUGCCACAUCUGCCUCAAGACCAAGUUCGCCGACGGCGUCGGUCACAUGUGUAACUACUGCAACAUUCGCUGUUGCGCCCGCUGCGGCGGCAAGGUCACGCUCAGGUCAAACAAGGUGAUCUGGGUAUGCAUCCUAUGCCGGAAAAAACAGGAGCUGCUGUCGAAAACUGGCCAGUGGAUCCAGAAGGGCAUGACAGGAGGGGUGGGAGGCAGUGGUGGGGAUGCGAUUAUGCGUCGCAUUGAGGCCGAUCUGAUCCAACAACAGCUGACGACACCUGGAGACAAACGACCCAAACUGGAGAGAGCACACAGUGCAGCCGAGAAGGAAAAUCAGCCUCUGCUGAUGAGGUCGGGAAGUGUGCUGAGGAGACAGUUUUCCCAGCAAGAACAACCCACCACUGCCAACAUGUCGCCGCAACAGAGGGAGGCUGAGGCUGAUUUCUACCGAGACGAACUAGAAACACUGAUGCGCCAACAACAGGCAAAACAAUUCUCAGGGCGCAACGACAGCCUCAGUUCAGAGCAAUCCUCAUCCAUGGACUUCCACCACCCGCACCAUCCUCAGCACCACCCUCCGCACCACCCCCAGGGCGGGCUCAGGGGGGUGCUGCUGCCUCCAACACCUUCAGUCCCCGGAGGCGGCAAGAAGCAUCGCCGGCCUGGCUCGCAGAAGCGGACAGCGGCACCGUCGCAGCCCGGUCACCCAUCCAGGGGCAGUACGCAGCAGCCGCCGCAGCAUUCCAUCUCUAGUUCGGAUGACGAACUGAGGUCUACGCCUGAAUACACCAGUUGCGAGGAGCAUGAUAGCGAAAAAGUGAUGACGUCGAAUGGCUGGACCAACAGCCAGAACCAGGUGGUGACUCAUCGCGAGAUCAAGGUCACAAUAGUGGACAGCAAACGGCGCAAGAAAACGGUCCGCUUUGACGCACACCACUGCGGCAAUGGCGGCAAGGACGGAAGCGGCAGCGGCAAGGAUAGCGGCAUAGACACUUCCAGCACGUUCACGUCGAGCGAGGAUUCAAAUUCCGCGCCAAAGAACCCGUUAUCAUGGCAGGUGCUACCAGAUGGCUCCCGUAUGCACGGUCACAUGAUUUUGAAAAAAGCGCCCUCACAAGAUGGCGGUGGACGCCAUCUUGGUUCGAGCAGCAGUAGCAGUAGCACGGCCAUCUUGGGUCUCAAGGUCUUUGGAGGUCAACUGUUGGAGGGAGGAGCAAGGCGGGGGGCCAUCAUCCAGAAGGUCAAGAAGGGGAGUACAGCUGAUGUUCAAGGACAGUUGAGGGCAGGAGACGAGGUGAUAGAGUGGAACGGUCGCUCACUACAGGGCAAGAGCUACCAGGAGGUAUGUGACAUCAUAGCUGAAUCCAAACAAGAGCCACAGGUGGAGCUGAUAGUGUCGCGCCCUAUCGGCGUCAAACGAACUAGCGGAGGUGCCCACACGUGGCGGCAGUCACCCACGCCUAAAGACGUGUACGGCCGAGACAAGCCGAGUGUACUAGUGACGUCACCAGGGUCACCUGACCUACAUUCUAGGGGAACGCAUCGAGUCUCGACCACUGUUAACGCUAACUCUAAUAUUGGCGGUCGAGUCCAGGUUAAACUUUGGUUUGACUCAGGUGCAUUGCAACUAGUGGUAACUCUAGUAUGUGCAGCCGGUCUGGUGCCGAGAAGCAACGGCUCUCCUAGAAAUCCUUACGCUAAACUCUACCUCCUACCCGAUAGAAGCGAAAAAUCGAAACGACGAACGAAAACGUUGGCGAACACAAACGACCCCAAGUGGAAUCAGAGUUUCAUCUACACGUCUGUGCGCCGCGCCGAUCUCAAACUUAGAAUAGUAGAAGUCACCGUCUGGGAUUAUGUCCGGUUCGGAGCCAAUGACUUCUUAGGAGAGGUUUUAGUGGAACUGAGCGUAGCGUUACUGGACAAUGAACCUGACUGGUUUCACCUGGGACCCCAUGAGGUUGUCUAUCCGCCUCAUGGUGUCAUGGACGAUGGCGACCUAGCCCUGACUCCUACCGAUCACCUGUCGCCUCCCUCUACGACAUCUCGGCUCUCCGAUUCGGAUCCGUCAGACAUCGACGACACACGCGAACGACGCGUUGCCGACGGAGCUAGCAUCAGCAGUGUGGGCAGCUCUACUAGUCCACCGCCCGACAUCGAAAUGACAGGGGGCGGUGACAAGCAACGCCGAUCGCGUCGCGACAUGAUGACGUCAUCACCAGGGGGCCGCAAGGGGGUAGGGAUGGUGCCUCCCUUGACAGGCAUCGGACCCAAAGGGGGCAACUACGACACUGUACCCGGAAUCGGUACCAAAGGGGGCUACGACCAGGGGGGCAACCCCCGGCAUAACCCCCACCAUAACCCGCAUUAUGGGGGUCAUCAGGGUCCCCAGCCGAGGUCCCAUUCGGCUGCACCUCCCCUAGACUGCGGCACUAGGUCGAGGUCGAAGAGUCCGCCUCAUCGGAGUCUCUCACCGCCUGAUUAUAAACGAGUAUACCAAUCACCAGGAGGCCCAGACUUCGGCUCGCAACACCACGCAUAUGUGCCACGGUUUCCGGUGUCCAGGUCAGCCACGGCUACACCAAUCACGUCACCCAAGAAGCACCGUCAACUGCCCCAAAUACCGCCCCAUAUGCCAUCUGCGUCCAGCGGGGGCGGCAAUAUAUCGCACAUCAUACCGCCUUCGUUGAGGGAGCGAGUGACACAGGAUAUGGAAGAGAGAGCGCAUGUUAUGAAACAACGCAUGCGCCAAGUACAACAAACUCAUAGGCCUGGAUCAGGAAUCAGCAGUUGGAACCGUCACCACUACACAGGUCUGAGCGACAGUGAUCUCCCCUCGUCCCACGUGACUAGUGACUACCUGCACCAACAUGGCGGCAUGAUGACGUCACACCGUGGUUCGGGUAGGAGGAGGGGUGGAAGUGGUGCUUAUUCCCCCGACAGAGAUGUGCUCACCAGUGAUAGGGAGCUGUCCGAGAGAGGGGGUCGGGAAAGAGGUGAUAGGGGUGGAGGUGAUAGCGAUUUAGAAAGUGUGGCCAGUAUUACAAGUAGUGCGCUGUCUACACAGAGUGAGAGGCCGAGGGGGAGUAGCCGAGGAUUUAGUGAGUAUGGUCCCACCAACGUGGGAGCGAUUUCCGCGGGGGGAGGUAGUCACCAUCAUCAACCCUCUCGGCAGUCAUCCACUAAACGGGGAACGUUUUCCAGGAGCCUGUCCAACGCGGAUGUGCCUACGGAUGAGCAAGGGGACGGGAGCCUGAGUGAUACGGCAGUGGGUCACCAUCACCAUGGCAACGGGGGGCACCGGAAAAGCGGUGGAAAUGUCAGCGGCAACGUCACGUCUAGUGGAAAAUCGUCUUCGGGGAUGGGAAAGAAAAGCAACUCAACAUCCCAGCUGUCGGCAACAGGCAGAAAACGUAGGAUAGGCUUCGGAGUGAGAGGGAAGACUUCGUUUACAGUGCACCGGUCGGAGGAGGUUCUUCCUGACGAAGUGAGACACUUGGUGAAACAGACCUCGUCGAUAUCAAGCGACGGCGAAGGAUCGCAGGAUGGAGACAGUUGGACACCUAGCUUGAAAGGCUCGGACGGGGGUCAGUUGUCCGAUUUCAUCGAGGGUCUCGGUCCGGGGCAACUGGUGGGACGACAGGUGCUGGGUGCCCCCGCCCUGGGGGAUAUCCAGCUCUCCAUGUGCUACCAGAAAGGGUACCUCGAGGUGGAGGUCAUCAGGGCGAGAGGGCUGCAGGCCAGGCAGGGUUCCAAAGUGCUUCCAGCGCCGUACGUGAAAGUGUACCUGGUGAGCGGCAAGAAGUGUCUGGCCAAAGCUAAGACGACGACAGCCCGACGAACGCUCGAUCCUCUCUACCAGCAACAGUUGCAGUUCAGGGAGAACUUCCAAGGCUGCAUACUACAGGUGACAGUAUGGGGCGACUACGGACGCAUCGAGGGAAAAAAGGUGUUCAUGGGCGUGGCUCAGAUCAUGCUUGACGACCUCAACCUGUCCAACAUUGUCAUUGGCUGGUACAAGCUGUUCGGCACCACGUCAUUGAAUUCAUCGCAUAGUUCAUUAUAUCCAUGAGAUUUCAGUGAAACUAUACGUCAGUUUCAAGUGAGAUAUUAUCAUACAAGCAGUGACAAUGCCCCGAAACGAUACAGUCAGCAAAAUAUCCUGCGUUUCCAUGGUUACAAAUCAAAAACAAGAACUUUUCAAAAUACUCGCUACAAUAAUAAGCGUCGAUCAUCUUCAAAAAAAUCUAUCACCUUACAUAAUUUAUUCCACAUUGUAACCUACAAUGACUGUUAUACAUAAUACAUACUAUUACAUGACAAAAAUUACUACGAUUUGAAGAUAAUCUUGAAGUAAUGCUCUGAAUCAUAUAAGGUUUCUACCAUUUUUUUAUUUUCGCAAGAUAAAUAAUACGAAAAAAAUUAUUAACAAAAAAAAGAUAUCAAAUAAUAUUACUAUUAAAUAUCGUCUUUUGAAUAUUGUAAAUUACUAUAUCAACAUAUCUUAUGCAAAACCGAUCAUUAAACAUACAUAAAAGAAUUUAUCCAUAAAGAUUCUAUAAUGUUGAAAAUACUACAUUUUCUAAACCGCAAAAAGGGUAUAAGGAGUAAAAAUAAUGUAUUUAUGACGCAUAAGUUUAUGAUUGUUGAUUUCGUGUUCCGAUAAAUAUGUUUACCUAUUAAUUAUGAAGUUAUUUACUAUUGAAAAUAAUUAAUUUCAACUUUUGUGGGAUCUUUCUUUGACAGUGUCCAUUUAUCAUACCUGUACCUUGUUCACCAAUUUUCAUAUUUUAUUUAUUUUUAAUAGUUAUAAACUUGUGUAUUUUUUAGUUCCAAUGAAAUUUAAUAUGGAAUAAGUUUCAGUUUCAUAAAAAUAAUUCAAAUUUGGUUGCAACCAACUUAGAUGAUUAUAAUCGGUUGGAACUGUACUGAUUUCCCCAUAUUUGUCUGGAAGUGAAAUUAAUCGAUAUGAGUUAUCAAUAACUAUUAUAAAUAGAAGUUUAUCUCAUAAGUAGAAAUUUGCAUAUCUUCAAUAUAGUAUCGACAUUAUUUGGAAAAAAUUAUUCUGUUAUUGAAAUUUAUAGAAUAUCUUGUGAUGCAGUAAGAAUUGGUUACAUUAUAUCAUUCCUUUAUAGUUUCCAAUAUUGAUUAGGAAUCGGAACUUUUCGAUGAUUAAUUUUGUUGCAAAAACAAUAUUAUCAAAAGAAACCUUAUCAUUGAAUUCAAUAGCCUAUUGUAUAUUUGCUAUUCAUAUAAUUUGAAAUUGUUUUUAUGUAUAAACAUCUCCAUCCUUCCUGUGAUUUUCAUUUGCAAUGUGAUAAUUUGAGCGCUAUUUUUAUCGACAGAGUUUUGUAACUUUCAAAUUCUCCUUAAAUUUAGAAAAAAAUUGAAUCCAUCUUUGUAAUUUUUUAUGGUUGUAUGCAAGGUUUGUAGUUUUGGAAGAAAUAUUCAGAGUUCCACCUCAAUAUUUGUUAGGAUAUAUUUAGGGAUAAUUAUUGUUUCCCAUUAAAUCGACCCAAACUAUUGAAGCUUUUGAAGUGUUUUCAAUUUGAAAUACGACGUAGUACACCCAUACUAUGACAAUAUUAAGGUAUGCUAGAGUUGAUAGAUGUGUGCAAAUACUCUUUUUAACCUUGUAAAGUACGCUCGAUACUGUUUUUAAAGCUUAACUCCUUCUCUCGGCAUUUAUUAUUCGAGUUUUAAGUAGUAGGGUGCGUUCAAAAGUCAUGAGAUAUUUUUGUGCAUAUCUAUUGAGCAUUCUAUGCCUAGAAUUGUAUCUUAUGACUUGGACAGAAUAGGUGAGGUGGAUCUCCGCUAUAUUUCUAGUAAAAUAUAAGAUUAUCUAGGUCAAAAUUUCACAAAUUGUAAAUACCAUAUCAUUCUACCAACUAAUUCUCAAUCAUUUAUAUUUAAAAAUGAUUUCAAUAGACAACAUUAUCUGUAACUGUCUUCAAAAUCCAUAUCCUUUUGUUCCAGUCCUGUUCGAUCUUGUAAUAUAGCCUAUAUUUAUUCUAAGUAGGCUAUAUGUCUCAAUCUACCAGUUAAUUCUCAAUCGUUUAUAAUUAUAAAUGAGUUUAAUAGACAACAUUAUCUGUAACUGUCUUCAAAAUUCAUAUCCUUUUGUUCCAGUCCUGUUCGAUCUUGUAAUAUAGGCCUAUAUUUAUUCUAAGUAGGCUAUAUGUCUCAAUCUACCAGUUAAUUCUCAAUCAUUUAUAAUUAUAAAUGAGUUUAAUAGACAACAUUAUCUGUAACUGUCUUCAAAAUCCAUAUCCUUUUGUUCCAGUCCUGUUCGAUCUUGUAAUAUAGGCCUAUAUUAAAUUUAUUCUUAAUAGGCUAUAUAUCUUGCACUUGAUCAAUUAAUUGAUCAAUCACUUGUUUAAUUAUUAAUUAAUUAUGAGAAAGCCAUGCUAACUCUCAAGCUCGGUUGCACAAAAGCUCGUUGAAAUUCAAUAAUGAUCAAAUCAUGUCACGAAAAGAGAAGACUCAUUCAAAAAGAAGGUUUCUCUGAUUGGCUCUCGUGGCAGUUAAUCAUGAUUGAAAUUUAAAUUGUUUUUGUGUAACCGGGGUUUAAUUCCUUUUUUAAUUUGAAACUACAUUGUCUCUAAAAUGUUUACAAACACUGUAGUGAUGUCAGUGUUUUUAGAGAUAUCAAUAAUGUUGUAGCCCAACAGCCCAAAAAAGUAUCUCAUUUUUUGAGAGAAUCUAUGAUGGUUACAAUAUAAUAAUAUCAUUAUCAAGUUUUUUUACUUUAUACUUAUCAGCCUACUUAGUAUGAAUAUCGUUCCCACAAUAUCCCAUUUAUUGCCAUAUGUUUACCACAUUAUUUGUAGAUAUUGUAUCACAUUUUUCCCAACAUGCAAGACAUUUAAAAUUUUUUUCUCAAUUUCUUCCCAAUAUCCAGUAAAUCUAACUCUGCAAACCCAAUUUUUUUCCAAUCUCUGAAAAACUUAAAGUAAAACUACAACCUUGCAAACAACAAAUGAGCCUUUAUACUUGAGCUGGUCAACUGUGCGUGUGUGAGAGAGUGAGAGUGAGAUGGUGAAUAACGUAAACUGUAAUGCAAACUUACCGUAAGGUUACCUGUAAAUAUUAUACAUAUAAAAUAUCAUGACUCAGCAUUAUCUAUCAGUAUAGCGUAAAUAAACACAAUGUCCGUGAUACAAAAAAUAUGCAGAAUACAAUAUUAAAUGAAAAUUUAUAAUUAAAUAUACAAUUAUAAAUUUUAUAAUGUACAUCAUAUAUGCUGAAAGGUAUUGAUUGAUAUCAGUAUGAAUGUUAUCGACUUACCGUGAACGGAGUGCUUAUCGUAUGUAAUAUGGAAUAAACUAAGUCUAAUAUGUAUAUUUACCAAUGUAUUUAUACAUGCAACCACACCUAUAAAAUACUCAAGUAUGUAAGUGUUACUUGUGUGUGUUCGUGUAUGUAUGAAACUGUAUAAAUACUAUUAACAAAUGUAUUAAUGAUUUUUACAUGAAGAUAAGUUAAUUAUUAAAUAACAAGAAAGCUUUAAUGAUGCUGAUUAUGAUAAUAAUGAUAAAAUGCUGAAAAUGUUAACUCUCAAUCAAUAAUAAUAAAUAAUAUUAUUUCUGAA